AUGGAGAGGAAGCCCCACUUCUUCAAAGUCCUGCUUGGAGACUUCUCUCAGAGGCUGAGAAUUCCAGUUGAGUUUUUGAAGCAUAUAUCUACUGCAACAUCAAAAAGAGUUACCUUAAAGGGUCCCAGUGGAAGAUGCUGGAACGCAGAACUGGGCAAAAGUAGCAAAGGCACAUUCCUCUGCGGAGGGUGGGCAGAAUUUGCCGAGGACCAUGCACUCAGAGAGUAUGAAUUUUUGGUUUUCCAAUAUGAUGGGGAUUUUACUUUUACUGUGAAAAUCUUCGGUGUGAAUGCAUGUGAGAGACAGGAUUUAUUUACAGUAAGUCAUAGAAAAAGGCGCAAGUUGUGUGAAGUGAAAGAUAGGUAUGUGGAAAGCUCAUUGGAUGUUGGCUGCGUUCUUCUUAGCUCGCAAGUAAUAAAAAAAGAGGUACAAAGUGACGAUGUUUCUGUGCUGGGUCCUGAUGCUGACAGAGGCAAAUACCUUAGGGGCCGUUUGGUUGCAAGGAAUAGAAUAGAGAGGAGUGGAGGAGUAUUGAAAAUAAGGGGAUUGGAAAAAACAUGGGUAUGA